AUGUCGUUGGCCGGAUUUAAAAAGCAGAUCAACAAAGCCAACCAGUACGUAAGCGAGAAGAUUGGAGGCGCCAAAGGCACCGAACUGGAUGAAGAGUUCAUGGAAAUGGAGAAGAGAACGGACGCCAUGGUUCGUCUGGUUGAUGACUUGAUGGUAAAGACACAUGAGAUGCUCCAACCCAACCCAGCUUCGAGAGCUCGCAUGCUUGCAGUUAAAUCGAUAUCGAAACUCCGUGGUACAUCCAAUCACACGCUCUACCCCCAACCGGAAGGCCAACUCGGGGAGAGCAUGGUCAAGUAUGGAAAGGAGCUGGGCGAGGAUUCUUUUUUCGGGCAGGCCCUGUUUGAGGCAGGCGAGACUUACAAGCAGAUUGCCGAGAUGAAAUAUCUUAAGGAGGACACCGUCAAGCAGAAUUUCACCGAGCCCCUACUACACCUUCAGAAUAAGGAUCUGAAAGAAGUCAACCACCAUAGGAAAAAAUUGCAUGGCAGACGAUUAGAUUUUGACUGCAAAAAGAGAAGAGGUAUUUUAUCCAAAGUUUUACAUUUAAAGAGAUGUGAGGUUUACAAAGUGACAUUCAGUUUGAAAAUUAUAGAAAAAAUACAUAAUAACAUUGGGUAUGGGACUGUCUUUCGUGUUCUCGUUCACAUUCCUCUAAAGUUACAUUCUCAAACAUUCAACCAACUAACGCUACAAAAGCUGGAAAUAAAGUCAAAACAAUGUGCGGAGGCUAGCAGCAGACCGAAGAAGGAGUACGUACCUAAGAAGAUCCUCUCCACUAACAAGCUGAACGUCAAUGAUGGAGGGUCCGGGUUCAAAUCCAACAGCAGGCCAAACAGCAGAUCUGCCAGUCCCGUUAAUUCUGCUCUCAAGAUUUCUGGCCCGUCGUGUGAGGCCUUGUACGACUUUGACGCCGAAAACGACGGUGAACUUGGCUUCAAGGAGGGUGACGUCAUCCAACUUCUCUCACGUAUCGACGAAAACUGGUUCGAAGGUCAAAUAAACGGUCAGAUCGGCUACUUUCCAACCAAUUACGUUAAAGUACUUGUUGAACUGCCCUAG